CAAAAUUUAAAUAAAAAUGGAUGACCAACAAGAAGCUUUAAAGGAAAAAUUUCUCGAUGGUGACAAAAUGGAUGUGUUCACGCUUGAAACCAAUGUUCGGAAAAUGAUUCGGGAUCUCAUUCAGCCAGUUUUGACCAGAGCCCACCAAGAUAGAACAGACAUGGAGAUUCUCAAAGGAAAAAUUGAAGAGUUUGAUACAAAAUACCAGGAAAUCUACAGAGUGGUUUUUAAUAGACCUAAGGAGAAAUCUAAAAACAAAUAAAGAUGUAUUUGAAGAGAUUUAUGAUAAAAUUAGUCAAACCCAAGCUGAAAUAGUACAAAUGAAGGAACUUCAGGCCUUCGAGACCAAUGCUAGGCAAGAAAGCCUUACUGAGAGUAACGAAAGGGUUAAAUAAGCUGAUAAAAGCCGGAGAUGAUCUUAGAGACAAACAUCUCCUGAUGCUCAAUGAUUUUCACGAUAUUGAGCAGCACAUCAAAGAUGUCCAGACACAGCUCAAUUCAGACAUAAAAACCUCUACUAACAAACUGAUUGAUUUGGUAGGAGCUCUAGAUCUUAAGCAGAACAAAACAGAAGCUUUAUGUUUAAAAGACAGUACAAGGAUCGGACAUCAUGACAUCACAAUAGACAAAUUAAGUGAAGAUUACGAUAAUUUAUAUCAAAAAUCCCUUCAAAAAUGGGCUGAAUAUUCUGAAAAGGAAGAGCUCUACCAACAAAAGGAGGAAUUUGAGGAUUUUAAGGAGAAAAUACAAAAGGAGCUUCAGCAUAGCAAGAAAGAGCAUGAGGAGAUCGUCAACAGAAUAAUGACUAUCGAGAACUACACUGAUAAAUAUAUCCCUAUAAACACUCAGAACACUAUAUGAGAGGCUUUCAAAACUGUAAUGCCACCUAAAUUCACCCCAAAAUUGAAAGAAUAUGAAGAAAAAGUCAUCAAAUCUACACACAGGGUGAUCCUUCACGAUCAAGGAGUAGGCGACCUACUUCAGAAGAAAGAAGGAAUGGCUGCUCGGAUAGCAAGGAUAUCUAGCCCACAGCUUUCGAGAAAGGCAACCAGAAGAUUCAAGAAGGCUCACAGAAUGAAGACGAGCAUGAGAGAGGGCAAAAUGAAAAAGCAAGAUUUGCUAACCCAAUACUCCUCCCUUGUUCAACACCCCAGAAAAAAUGAUGAUAAUGAUUUGGGAAUGAAUCUGGUUCCUUGUAAUCCUUAUGAUAGGGAAGCAAAUGAAACCAAGAAAUCUAACUCACCUUCAAGAGAAACCAAAGGCUCCAAAGAAAGAAGUAGCUCAAAUGAAGUGUCACAUGAAAGAUAUAAUUCUGACUCAAGUAACUCAGAAGAAUUCCAAAACCUGUCUGAAAAGGUAUCUGUGCUUACUGAGAAAGUCAGAACCCUUGAAAAUAAGCUCUACUUAAUUCCCAAUUUUGAACCGGAAGAUGCAAAGGCAAAAUUUGAAGAAAUACAGAAGUGGCAAAAGAGAAUGGAGGAAUAUGUAUAUCAGCUUCAUUCUGAUAUUGAGGAGAUUCAAAAUCUGAACAAACAAUUUAAACUUGAUUUAUAUGAAAAGUUCAGGUCUCAAAGAAAGAUUACAGGAGAGCUAGACAAGAAAGUCACAGGUUUAUACUCUCAGAAACAUAAUAAAUCGAUUUUCUCUUCCUAUGGCAAGCGGAUGAAAGAGAUCAGACUUCAGUCUAUUGGUUAA